GAUAUAUCACUAUGGGAAACCCUAAGUAGAAGGUUGUUCCGCGGUAAAGGUUAUAACUACAAAGUUCUCUUAUUAACAACUACAGAUCUUAUUUUAGUUAACAAAAUGCAGAGCCCGAGUAGAGUCGCCCACAAAGCCGUUAUUCUAGCGUGCUUCAGCCUUUUGUGUUUAACAAAAGGAGUGAACACGUUUGUAAACGGUAAUGGGCUGAGCAACUACACGUUUCCAGACGAUUUUAUGUUUGGAGUCGCGACGGCUGCAUAUCAAAUAGAAGGUGCUUGGAACGAAGAUGGCAAAGGAGAAAGUAUGUGGGAUACCUACUUACACAAGCAUCCACAUUACACGGCAGACCAAUCCAAUGGAGACGUGGCCGCUGAUUCUUAUCACAAAUACAAACAAGAUAUAAUAAUGGUACAGAGUCUUGGCGUCAAAUAUUACAGAGUAUCAUUGUCAUGGCCAAGAUUGUUGCCUCACGGAACGGACAACUACAUAAAUAAAGCGGGUGUCAAGUACUAUCGCAAGCUAUUCGAAGGGUUGUUGAAAGCAAAAAUAACUCCUGUUGUCACACUUUUUCACUGGGAUUUACCUAUAACUCUGAUGGAUUUAGGCGGAUGGACUAAUCCGAAAAUGGUGGAUUAUUUUGAAGAUUAUGCGAAAGUUGCCUUUAUGUUGUUUGGAGAUUUAGUCAAAAUAUGGACAACUAUGAACGAACUACAUCAGCAUUGCUUAAAUGGCUAUGGCAGCAACUAUUUCGUGCCCGUAUUAGAAUCGCACGGAAUUGGUGAAUAUUUAUGUGCACAUUACAUGCUGUUGGGACACGCGCGAGCUUAUCAUUUGUAUGAUAAAGAGUUUCGACCGAAACAAAAAGGUAAAAUAGGUAUAACCUUAGAUGCGUUUUGGGCGGAACCUAAGGACAGUAACAAAAAAGAGGACCACGAGGCCGCUGAACGGUAUCUGCAAAUGCAUUUAGGGUUAUACGCCCAUCCGAUAUAUUCUACGGAGGGAGAUUAUCCGCCAAUGAUUCGUGAAAGGAUAGAUAAUAUGAGUCAACACCAAGGUUACCCAAGAUCGCGUUUGCCAAAUUUCACUCCAGAAGAAGUCGAGAUGGUACGUGGUUCAUCAGAUUUCUUCGGUCUCAAUCAUUACACAUCGUACUUAAUGUCCCCUUCAACUAUGGAACCCACUUGGAAAGUACCUUCAACAGAUCAUGACACGGGUGUGAAAAUAGAGCAAAAUCCGAAUUGGCCCAUUCCAGGAGCAGAGUGGUUAUCGGUCUAUCCUCCUGGUUUUCGAAAACUCUUAAACUGGAUCACGAAGAGCUACGGAACAAAAAUACCAAUAAUAGUAACUGAAAAUGGUGUAUCAGACUUCGGUGGUUUGACAGAUUUUGUGCGGGUGUCGUAUUAUAAUAAAUAUCUAUAUCAGCUACUAUUAGCAAUGCAUGAAGAUGGGUGCAACGUUGCGGGCUACUUUGCAUGGACACUAAUGGACGACUUUGAAUGGACGGAUGGAUACAAAGUCAAGUUUGGUCUCUUCCAUGUGGAUUUCGAAAGUCCAGACAAGACCAGAACGCCGAAAUUAUCUGCUCUAAAUUAUCAUGAAAUUGUUCGCACACGAAGAGUUAAUUUCAACUUCAUUAAAAUACCUUCAUAUAAAUACAAUGAUUUAUAAGUUUAUUAUCAGUACAUAGAUUAAAGAAAUAAAUCUCGAAGGAUUUGGAACUGAGAAUCUUCCUUCCAUUUCGCUGCAGACUGGCGAAAAAAUUCUUCGAUUUUUUCGGAGACAUAAUCUAGAUUUCCUCACGAUGAUUUCCUUAUUGAAAAGGGGAAAAGUUGAAUUGUAAGCUCAAACUAUUGAUAAGAAAGUUAUUGAACUCACGACUUACGAUCAGAAUCCUCGAAUACUAACGACUGAGAUUAUUUGAAAUCUAUGUAGAUUAAUUAAAUGUGUAAAUAAUUUAUUUUAUAUUAAUAAGCGUGUGAUAAAAUAAAAAUUGUUUGAUGUUA